AUUAAGAUGGCCUCAUUUAAGCAAGCUUUUCUCUUCAUUGCUCUUUUUGUUGCAAUUUUGGUUAAUCUCUCUUGGGCUCCGAAUAAGAUGCAAGUCAUGGCAUUACGAGACUUAUCCGUUGAUGUUGAAGAGAUGAAAGGGAAAUUACUUCGACUUGAUGAUAUUACUACUUGUGGGAGACGUUGCAAGGUCCAUGGUGAUUGCAAAGAAGGUGUUAUUUGUUCAACUUGUCUUAUACUUGGGUCUACGAUUUUUCAUUGCGUAUAA